ACGGUCGGAGUUCAAUCGGGCAUACCGUAUCGCGACAGUGUAUCGCGUGGCAUGCAGACCCCGGCAAUUGUGAAUCGUGCGUGCGAUCGGUCAACAGAACCGAAAUGAUUCUCGUUUGCUCGUCGAUCAUGUUAAUGUGACGUGUUUUGCGUUGCCACGGUGGCACUAGAUAGCCACCAACCAGUGCAAAUUAUUUUAGAAUUGUGUGCCUCUCAUCCAUUUGCUCCACUGUAACAAACGAUUAUCGCAUGCCAGUGAUCGACAGCACGCCUCAAGGGGAUAAGCAUCUCGUUCAAGGAUAAAGUGAGAGUGCGAACUAAAGCGGAAACCUCCAGAAAAUUUGGUAAGAGCACGAAAGCCAUCGGAGGAGGAUCAUCUUCGAAGAUUGUAACGAUCAUUGCAAAACAAUCAUGGGAUUGUCGAGGGUGGAAAGAGUGGUACCGGGAAGCCGAUGGCUUCGUGGUUAUACGGUACAGUUUAUGGUGGCCGAUCUGAUCGCUGGUAUUACGGUCGGUUUGACGGUACUUCCACAAGGCCUAGCGUACGCAACAUUGGCCGGUUUAGAGCCACAGUAUGGUUUGUACUCGGCGUUCGUUGGAGGUGUCGUGUAUGCUUUGCUCGGUGGUUGUCGUGAGGUGACGAUCGGUCCAACGGCACUGCUCUCGCUGAUGACGAGUCGGCACACGGGAUAUGGUGGUGCAUCCGGACCGCAGCUGGCGAUUCUGCUUUGCUUCCUUUCUGGCAUCGUUGAGUUACUGAUGGCCGUCUUGCGCCUGGGAGCACUCGUCGAUCUCAUCUCGCUACCAGUAACGGUUGGUUUUACCUCAGCAACGGCUUUGAUCAUUGGAGCGUCGCAGUUGAAAGCCUUGCUCGGCAUACGGGGCGGGUCCGGAUCCGGUUUCGCCAGUACCGUGCGCACCGUUUUCGAGAAAAUGCCGGAAGCGCGUGUAGCCGACAGUAUUCUCGGAGUGGUAUCGAUUGCCGUUUUGCUGGCACUAAGGAAAUUGAAGGACAUCAAAACACCGGCAGAUGCAUCUAAAGGGCGUCGAGUGGUAGGACUCCUCUGCUGGCUGAUUGCAACUGCCCGCAAUGCUCUCGUGGUGUUGGUAACCAGUGGUCUGGCAUUCUAUUACGAUCUGCGUGGUGAAACACCGUUCGUGCUUACCGGAACCGUUAAGAGUGGUAUUCCUGCAUUCCAGCCACCUCCGUUCAGUACCAUUCUGCCGACCGGCGGUGGUUCCAAUGGUACCAGUCCCAUCGAGCUCGGUUUCGUAGGCAUGCUAAACGAACUGGGUGCAUCGAUCGCCCUUGUACCCAUCAUUGCCGUGCUUGGUAAUGUGGCCAUUUCGAAGGCUUUCGGUGGCAGUGGCAUCAACCCAACCCGGGAAUUGGUGGCUCUCUCACUGAGCAACGUAUGUGGCUCGUUUUUCAGUUCGUUUCCCGUGACUGGUUCGUUCUCGCGCAGCGCCGUUAAUCAUGCGAGCGGCGUAAAGACACCGAUUGGAGGUAUUUAUACCGGGGCGCUUGUGCUGUUGGCACUUGGAGUGCUAACUCCGUACUUCCGGUACAUACCGAAGGCUGCGCUUAGCGCGGUAAUCAUUUCGGCGGUCAUUUUUAUGAUCGAGUAUGAAGUGAUACGGCCACUGUGGCGUUGCAAUAAGCGCGAGCUAAUACCGGGUGCGGUUACGUUUGUGUUGAGCUUAAUCGUUGGCGUUGAGUUGGGCCUGUUGGCCGGUGUUCUCACGGAUCUGGCGUUUGUCGUCUAUCGUACCGCGCGUCCCAUGCUGGCCGUCAGUGUGGCGACCACGCAGCUCGGUACUCAGUACAUCCUAAUCCGUCCCAAUCACAGCUUGAUCUACUUUCCUGCCGUCGAGUGGGUACGCAAUGUAACGUCGAAAGCGAUCAAGCAGCACGGCAACAUUCCCGUGGUGUUCGAUUGCCGGUUAGUGAAUGAGUUUGAUUAUACUGCUGCCACGGGACUGCAGAUGCUGCGAAAGGAACUGGAGAAAAAGCAGGUUCCGCUAGUCGUGUAUGGAUCGUCGAGCGAAGUUCGCAAACUAUUACAGGAAACGCUCAAGAGCAGUCUGCUGGAAGUUACCAACGAUGAGGAGCUGGAGAUACUGUUGCAAGAACUGUCUCCCGAGGUGGGCGGAAGAGGAGGAGGUAAGCAUGAGUCACGUGAAGUCGCCAUACCGCUUCUUUCACCCGAGACGCAGAAUCGUCCUGCGCCGAUAGCUGAGAUCGAAGAACCAUAAUGCAGCCUCUCUCCUAUGCUUCUCUCGCCUGGAAGGCAUUAUGUGGGUUAGCCAUGCCAACGUGUUAAGCUACGCUCAAGUAUUAUCGGGUACAUAUUUGCAUGCGCACCACAUUCGGCAUCAUACUCAUCUAUAAGAUACUAGAUAACUAUGGGACCUAUUUUGCCUCUUUCUGUAUAUUCUCUCUGUCGGUUGUUACAGGUGUAUGAUAGAAAAAGAUGUUUCCACGUAAACGUAGCGCGUGGUACGACCGACACAAAAUUAAAUCUCGAACAUACGAUUACCAUUCACUUCGGCGGUAGACGUAGCUCAUAACGAACUGCUUUACAAUAGCGUGUAAUAAAGAAAUCAAAUUU